AUGGCGGCGCGGGCGUCCGUUAUCGGCUGUUAUCAGGCAGAUACGGGCGGGCGAUACGGCAGUCGAGACUUCAACGCGGGCCCGUGUGCACGCAGCGCGAUGGACACCGAUAAGAAGUUCAUUGUCAAAAGGACCAACGUUCUGAGGAAGCUGAACGCGGAGAGUCUUCAGCUGAUAGAGAGAGGCCUGCUAGGCGAUCUGCCUGACAAGCUGAAACCGCCCCCUCUAGUGCCGGUGCGUGGGCAUUCCACAGAUGUGGUGGUCGCGAAACCCGCGGGCCUCCUCUCCGCUUGCUUACCGGUUGUGCCCGACUCCCCCAAGUCCGAGCUGCCCACCUCCUCAGAGGACGAGGCCGCGUCGCCGCUGAAGAAGACCUUCAGCUUCCGCGACAAGUUCUCCCGCAUCAACAUCUUCGCGAAGGAUAGGGACAGGCACAAAUGGGGGGGCAUCGAGGAAGAGGAACCGCCGGCGGCGAACCAAUCGCCCAAAGCGAAGGAGCACGAGUACAAAUCGAGCAAGCGUUUCUGGUUCUUCAGGAACAAAGAGCUGUUAGAGAAGAGAAGCAAACAGCACAGGCCGGUUUACAAGAGGAGCAAGAGCUUCGAGUUUCUACCGCGGGCGAUAGAAGAGAGGGCGGAGGAAGGAAUGGAGAGGAACGCGCUGGUAAAGAAUCAGUCUUACGCCUUCGGCAGCAGCGAUACGAUGGCAGAUCCAUGGUCUUCCACCGAAAGCCUGGAGUACAUAUCGAAUGUAUAUUACGACAACGACAACACUGUGUUCCUAAAGAGCAUUAAAGAGUUCCCGUCCGAAUCUUCUAACAACAACUCCAGCAUAUCGAAUGCGACCUCAGCGUCCAGCGGCAUAGUGAUGAACAUCAUGAAAGGUAAGUCGAUGCAGGAUUUACUUGAGGAGUUCGAGAAGACAGUGGACAUGUUCAACGAGAACUAUUUGAGUGACUGCGAGCCAUACACGAAGACGAACAGCGAGUUGAGUGUCGAGGAGAAGAGGAAGAGUGCGUCAUGGAGCAAUCUCCCCUCCCCGAAGGUGGUGCAAGUGAACAAAGUGGAUAGGAUAAGUGAGGACUUUAAAGCCGAGCUAACGAAGCUGUUGAGUGUGAAACGCGAGUGCGGUGGGAGGUACGCCAGACGGGGCUCCGUCACCGACUGGUUCGUGCUGGAGGAUAAAGCAUCAGCGGUCGGCGAGGAGAACAAAUACAGGAGGGCGCACAAGAAACCAACGCAGAGAGUGCGCCGGAUCAGCUCGACGAAAUACGUGAGUCUUUUAUCAUACGUACGU